AUGAAUCAUUUUUUCGCAGACCAAGAUGCUCCCCUGAGCAUGCUUUCUGUUAAGGCAGAAUAUUUUCCGCAAUUGACUGAAAGAGAACAAAAAUAUGCCCAUUUCAUGUCAAAGGCUUCCCAUGCAGGUUCAAGGGUGGUAAUGAGACAAGUCUCCCAUGAAAGUGAGCCGAUAUUUGACCUAAUCCUCGCUAUUCAUGCAAACUUAAAUGGCAGUUAUCCAGAAGAUGAUGAUUCUCAAAGGCAACAAACGGAAUCAUAUCUCGAAUACGUUUCUCAAUUCUUGUCCAAUUUGGGUAAUUUCAAGUCCUUUGGUGACAGCAAAUUCAUUCCACGUUGUGAAGUAGCUUUUUUCAAGCAACUGGUGAAUCUGGCCAAGAUUGACCCUUCUUCGUCGCCAUUGGCCCUGUCUCCCGCGGACGUCAACCAUAAAUUCACAUCUCAUCACCUUUUCUCCACUGUCAACGAAUUAAUUGAUACCGGUAUCUACCACGUGGAGGAGAAGGCAGCUCUCUUGGGGUUUCCCUCUCAAGGUUAUACUUCAUCGUAUUAUCUGGGUCUGCCUGUGACACCUGAAGACAUGGCUCUUUUGAAAGAGCAAUUAUUUGCUGAACUCGCCAUCUUGCCUGAAAAUACGAGAAUCGACAAGGUUGGCAAUCAAUCUUUCCAAAUCUGGGUUGCCUCUGGGAAUGUCAAAAAUAAGAUAACAGAAACUUAUCCCGGUACUCAAAUCACAUUAUCUAAUAAUAUUACCAAAGUCGAAUUCAUAUUUGGUGAUCACUCACGUGAAAUGCAUUUGGUAGCAUCCUAUUUAAAGCAAGCUCAAAAUUAUGCGGCCAAUGAUACUCAAAAGGCAAUGCUUCAGGAGUACAUCAAUCACUUUGCUACUGGUUCGUCCCAAGCACAUAAAGAAGCACAGAAAUUAUGGGUUAAAGAUAUAUCUCCCGUCAUUGAAACAAACAUUGGAUUCAUCGAAACAUAUAGAGAACCUUCUGGUAUAAUUGGAGAAUUCGAAUCACUUGUCGCAAUCCAGAACAAAGAACGCACUGCUAAAUUUUCCAGCUUGGUUAAUAACGCUGAAGAGUUCAUUUCUUUACUACCAUGGUCUAGAGAUUAUGAGAAGCCAACUUUCAACCCACCAGAUUUCACCUCACUAGAAGUAUUAACAUUUACCGGCUCAGGAAUACCAGCAGGUAUCAAUAUCCCAAAUUAUGAUGACGUCAGACUGAAGAUUGGGUUCAAGAAUGUUUCCUUGGGUAAUAUUUUGAGUGCAGCUGCAAAAAGCUCAUCUAAGCAUCCACCAAGUUUCAUCUCCCGAGAGGACCGUCCCAUUUUUGAAAAAUAUCAAAGUGAUUCCUUUGAAGUUCAAGUAGGUAUCCAUGAAUUAUUAGGCCACGGUUCAGGUAAAUUAUUGACCGAACUUAUUGACGGUUUCAACUUUGAUAAAGACCGCCCACCUCUAGAUUUGGACGGGAAGCCGGUGAGAACGUACUACAAAGUAGGUGAAACUUGGGGUUCUAAAUUUGGACAGCUAGCUGGUCCAUUUGAAGAAUGUCGUGCGGAAGUAAUUGCCAUGUUUUUGAUUACCAAUAGGAAAAUUCUGGACAUUUUUGGUUUCCACGAUGAGGAAUCCCAAAACAAUGUAGUCUACGCUGGAUAUCUACAAAUGGCCCGUGCAGGUCUACUGGCUUUAGAAUAUUGGAAUCCAAAAACCGGCAAAUGGGGACAACCACACAUGCAAGCAAGAUAUUCUAUCAUGAAAACAUUCAUGAAGCAUUCUACAAGCGAGAAUUUCUUGAGGUUGAAGAUCAACGACGCGAAGGAUGACUUUACCAUUGAGUUAGAUGAAUCUCUCAUUAAAACUGUCGGUCAUGAGUGUGUAAAGGAUUACUUGCAACAUUUGCACGUUUAUAAGUGUUCAGGUGAUGUUAAAAAGGGUAGUGAGUACUUUAUCGAUAGAUCAACAGUGACGCCAGAUCUGGCUUCCUUAAGAGAUAUUGUUGUAUCGAAGAGAUUGCCAAGAAGGCAAUUUAUUCAAGCAAACUCUUACAUUGAUGAUAACAAGGUAAUUUUGAAAGAGUAUGAUGAAACCCCGCGAGGCAUGCUACAAUCCUUCCUUGACAGAGAAUUAUAG